AUGACGGAGCCCAUGCGUACGAUCGAGUCUGGUCUCAAAACACCUAACGCGCAAACCGACUCAAAACUCUUCCGCCUCCCUGCCGAGCUCCGCAAUGAGAUUUACGCCUUCGCUCUCGGCGGCAACACUUGGUCAAUCAAUAUGACCGAAGGCAAGCCACGCGCCAACAACGCCAGCCCACAUGCCCUGGCCCUUCUACAAGUCAAUCGCCAGAUAUAUGCCGAAGCCCGUCUCUUUCCCUACUUGUACAGCACCUUCGAGGGCCGCCACAACGGCCACCUGCGCAUCUGGGUCCAGUCCCUGACGCAUGUGCAACGCAAAUCGAUCACAUCUGUCAAGUACCACCAACGGAGCUACAUCACCGAGGGCGUGUGUGGUCUGAGUGUGAGCCCUAUCUUUUGGAUGGAUACGCCAAAUAUGGAACAGUGGGAUCUGGAGGGGUUGAAGCGGAUUGAGAUUGAGGUCGUGCUGCAUAAGUGGGGAUGGAAUAGUAACGAAGAGGAAACAAAGAAAGUGAGAGCGAGGGCACUGAGCAAGCUACGUGUGCUGGUUGAGAUUGAGCAUCCAGGUAUUGAGGUGGAUAUAGUAUCCAAGUGUGGGUACUAA